CCUGAGAGCAGGGCUGGAGGCCGCAGAGACACCACCUGCAGGGGCCUGAGAAGGUUCGGUGUGGGGCUCUGAGACCGUCCAGCCUCAUAAGGCCCUGCACUGGCCCAGGGUGAGGCAGACAAUGGCCUUGCAGGCUGCUCUGCCUCCCCUGGGGUCCCGUGGGACCCCCACCCACUGCAGCCUCCUGCUCCUGCUUCUCAGCCUCGGGUGGGUGCUACCUUCCAGGGUCCGGGCUGCAGACUCACGACCGGGUGUCAUGACCCCCUGGCUGCAAGGCACCACCCGGGACCAGUCUUGGCAGCGGCCUGAGCUGACUGUCCUCCUCCCGAGGCACCGGCGGGACACAGAGAAGAAAGCCUGCCCACCAGAGCGGAGGGCCCGUGUGGUGGAUGAAAACCUUGUCUUCUACGAGCCCUGGGAGCUGGAGGCCUGUGUAGAUGGGGCCCUGCUGGCUGCUCAGAUGGACCGGGUGAACACGGUGCCCUUCACCUACCAGCAGCUGGGCGUUUUUAAGCGCAAAUUGGACGAGCUCUAUCCACAGGGGUACCCUGAGUCCCUGGUCCGGCACCUCGGGUACUUCUUCCUUGAGCUCACCCCCGAGGACAUCCACAAGUGGAACGCGAUGUCCCUGGAAACCGUGAAAUCUCUUCUUGAAGUCAGCAAAGGGCACAAAAUGGAUGCUCAGGUGGCUGCCCUGAUUGCCCGCUAUCUGGUGGGAAGGGGCCAGCUGGACAAGGCCACCCUGGACACACUGGCCGCUUUCCAUCCGACGUACCUGUGCUUCCUCAGUCCUGAGCAGCUGGAGUCAGUGCACCCCAGCGUUGUUUGGGCAGCCGGGCCCCCGGAUCUGGAUGCAUGCCGCCCGGCCCAGAUGGACGUACUCUAUCCCAAGGCCCGCCUUGCCUUCCAGAACAUGAGCGGGUCUGAAUACCUCGAGAAGAUGAAGCCCUACCUGGGUGGGGCCCCCACGGAGGACCUGCGGGCUCUCAGCCGUCAGAACAUAAGCAUGGACCUGGCCACAUUCCGGACGCUGCGGCCCGAGGCAGUGGUGCCGCUGACCGUUGCCGAGGUCCGAAACCUUCUGGGUCCGAACCUGGUGGGCCUGAAGACGGCGCGGGAGAGCAGCCCCGUGCGGGAUUGGAUCUCACGGCAGCGGCAGGAGGACCUGGACAGUCUGGGCCUGGGGCUCCGAGGCGGCAUCCCCAAUGGCUACCUGGUCGUGGACCUCAGCUUCCGAGAGGCCCUCUCAGGGGGCGCCCGCCUGCUCCGACCCGGACCUGUGCUCACUGCGGUCCCCACUCUGCUGUGGGCUUUGGUCCCGAACUGAGCCCGCUGCUCCGGAUGCUGGACCUGCCCUGCUGGAGGCCCCGCCUGGCCAAAGCGGCCUCGGUGCUCCCUGGCCCGCCUCAAGGGGACUGGGGUUCAAUAAAAGGACGCUUUCCUUCCCUGCAGAGGCACCCUGUGGUGUUCUGAGGACGUGGUGGGAAGGCCCUGACCUGGUAGAUGUGGUUCCCGACUUGUAG